AUGGACUCGACACCGUCUCACGAGGCUGGUGCGGGAAGUCAGAUAGAGGAGAUGCCGGAGCUGGAGGAGCCUACGUACCCGGGUGCCCCAGGCUGUCUGCAGAACGGAGAUGCUUUUGUCGUUCUCGACCUGCCAGAGAACUUCACCGUGGGAUGCGAUGUAGUGGCCAUGAACGUCGGCGGGUCCAAAUUUCUCGGCAUUAGGGAUCUGCCCCCGGGCCCUCAUUUCAUAUGGGUAUCGGAGCCGAAUGCCAUGUCCCGGUGCGGGUAUUGGUUCGUGACGGGACAGACUGGGGAGGUGCGCGUGAAGCAGUGGGACAGGUACAACGAGGUCCUGGGCGAGGCGGCAAGUCAGUUCGAGGUCCGGGAGCAAAAGGACAAUAUUGAGGCGCUCUAUCCGCAACUCAUGCCCUACGACUUUCAUGACGGAUCUGAUGGCAAUCCGCCCACGCCUCCACCGAAGGAUCCGCCGAGGUCAACGCCGGAGCCGGACUUCGCUGUCAGUGACACCCUGAUAUGGCGGCGACUAACGGACUCGAUCACUGAGGGUCUGCUGCGGCGGGUGACGGGCAAGAAGGAUGUGGACGAGUGGCUUGUGGAUACAUCAGACAGCGCCAAGGGCGAGCUGCACUUCCCGCAGACAAGCAGGCUGUUCAAGACGGUUGUAGGUAGCGAGCUGAGCUUUUUAUUUCCGCAGGAUGCAGUCGAUCUGCAAUUGCUCAACCUCGUCGGCCGCGACCACCCGGCCGCCUCGGCCACUGCCAUCACCAAUGCUCCGGCCGAUGGUCCAGACACAUCUGCCGAGAUCUUGGCCGUGUUGGACAAGUCUCCCUCAGCAAUCACAGAGGAGGACGUUGUUGGGGAGCUGCAGUUUACCUUCCUAAACGGGAUGCACCUUAGCAACCUGUCAUGUAUCGAGCAAUGGUGGCAUCUGGUCUUGCGGGUAUUCUUGCGAGCACCCCGGCUUGCUGUCACCAAGCCGGCUCUAUGUCGGUCUCUUAUCCAGACGCUACACGCACAGAUGAUUUACAAUGACAAAUACAUCGCUGGAGCACCGGGAGAUAAGAAAGGACGGGGUGAGGGAACCGGACUUCAACAGGACAGCGAUGGUGGGCACAGCAUAGGCAUUCUCGAGAUUAUCCCGCAGAACAGAGGCAAGCUUCGUGAAGCGCUGACUGCGUACAAGCGUCGGCUUAACAAGGCUCUUCUGGAUCUGGGAGACAAGAUCUCGCAGGAACAAGGUGCGGUCGGACAUGCGUUCGUCGAUCUCGAGGCCUGGUUCUGGAAGUACGGCUGGGAUCUAAGGAGUGACUAUGUUCGCGAGAAGCUGGAUGGUGAAGAUGACGAGGAUGAUGACGAGUAUCAACCUGUUGUUGUUGACUUGGAUGAGAACGGACGGGAGGUCGGUCUGGUGUCAUGGAACUAG